CCCGGCACACAUGCGCUGCGGCGACUGCUCCGAGUGGUCGGCUUACCGCGUCGUCAGUACUCGCCGCCUGACGUCAGCACCGCAUCGUCUAUUCCAGUUUCGCAGAUCAUAAAAAUGGUAACAGAAAGUGAUUCAGUCGUGUGAGAUAUUCCGUGGCGGCAAGUCCUGUCCAUGCUCGUGUAAUUUUGCGUAGAGUGGCGUGGAUAUCACGCGUGUUUUGCCCACGUGCGUGGCGUUUACCGGUGUACGCGAUUGAUUUUUUUGCGGAAUGGGCGAAGAGUCUCAAGCCAGUGAUGGCAAAGUGGUUUUAAAACGAAAAAUAACAUUAUUUAAUGGAGUUGGCAUAAUUAUUGGGACUAUUAUUGGUUCCGGAAUUUUCAUAUCUCCGACAGGAGUUUUCUUAUACACCGGGUCAGUCGCUGCGUCUCUCUUAAUAUGGCUGGUGAGUGGUCUCCUGUCUACCCUGGGAGCGCUCUGCUACGCCGAGCUGGGCACAUCGAUCACGAGGUCUGGCGGUGACUAUGCCUACAUCUACGCGGCCUUCGGGCCACUGCCCGCCUUCCUGCGUAUGUGGAUCGCGCUGCUCAUCAUCAGACCCACGACUCAGGCGAUAGUGGCUCUCACUUUCGGCCACUACGUGGUAAAGCCAUUCUACCCAGAAUGUGAACCACCAGAACAGGCUGUUAAACUUCUAGCUGCUGUCUGCUUAUGCAUACUGACUGCAAUAAACUGCAUCAGCGUGCGAUGGACGAUGAGGAUACAAGAUGUGUUCACCUCGUCCAAACUGUUGGCGCUCAUCGUUAUCAUCAUAUCCGGUAUCUACUAUAUUUGUAUCGGACACUCAGAAAACUUCCAAGGAGCCUUCGAUGGAGAGUUCAGUGCAGGAAACAUAGCUCUUGCCUUCUACUCUGGACUCUUCGCGUUCGGAGGGUGGAACUACCUCAACUUCGUCACUGAAGAGCUCCAGGAUCCAUACAAGAAUUUGCCUCGUGCGAUAUGGAUCGCGAUGCCCAUGGUGACUAUAAUCUACGUGCUGGCGAACUUGGCGUACUUCGCCGUGGUCACCAAAAUGGAAAUGAUGACGAAUCCGGCAGUGGCUGCGGUGUUCGGAGACCGUCUUUUCGGUGGUUGGAGUUGGAUGAUCCCAGUGUUCGUGGCUCUGUCGACCUUCGGAGGGGUGAAUGGCGUGUUGUUCACGUCGGCAAGACUGUUCGCUACUGGCGCCCAGGAGGGGCACAUGCCUGCCUUCUUCUCACUUUUCCAUAUUGAAAAGCAGACACCUAUACCUGCCCUGAUGUUCACUUGUCUUUUCUCCCUGCUCAUGUUGACGACAAGCAACGUUUUCGAUCUCAUCAACUACUUCUCGCAAACACUCUGGCUGUCUGUGGGCGCGUCUGUCGUCGGCAUGCUGUGGUUACGCCGCGCCAAGCCCGACAUCCCGAGACCCAUCAAGGUCAACAUCGUCAUACCGUACCUGUUCCUCAUUGCCAUCGGAUGUCUAGUCAUCAUCCCGGCCAUCACUCGACCAACAGACACUGCCAUAGGUCUAGCUAUACUCCUGUCAGGCAUACCUGUGUAUUACUUAUGUGUCAGGUGGAAGAGCAAGCCUGAGAUGUACCACUCUCUCUCCGGUUGUAUCCUAAGGUUCCUACAAAAGCUCUGCUCAUGCAUUUACGUCGAUUCCUCCGAGAAGAUGUCGAAUUGAACUACUGUGGACAACUUUGUGGAAUCAGAUUUCGUUCGGAAUAUUUACAAGGACCUUGUUAAGAUAUUAAAAUGUAAAGGACCAAUAUGAUAAUGUAUACUUAUGGGACCGUUCAUUUGUUACAUGGUACUGUGAUAGAAGUUCUGCGAAUAAACUUUUAUUUGUGACGUAUCUCAUACAGGUCGUCUUAUAGAGAUUUUUUGGUAUACGUAACCACAACAUA